AUGGGAGAUGAUGUCAAAUAUGGAAAGAGGAAGAAGGAGGUUUAUGGGUUUGUGGAGUACGGACAGAUUCUUAUUGGAGAGCUGUGUGCCUUCUUCACCAAGGCAGAGGGAACCCAAGAGAAGACCAUCGUGACUGCAGACUGCUGCUACUUCAACCCCCUGCUGAGACGCAUAAUACGCUUCCUAGGUGUCUAUGCCUUCGGCCUGUUUACCACCACCAUCUUCGCCAAUGCCGGCCAGGUGGUGACAGGAAACCAGACGCCCCACUUCCUGUCUGCCUGUCGCCCAAACUACACAGCAUUAGGCUGCCAGUCCACCAUGCAGUACAUCGCAGAGCGCCGCGCCUGCACGGGCAACCCGCUCAUCGUCAUGUCUGCACGGAAAUCCUUCCCAUCCAAGGACGCAGCGCUCAGCGUCUACUCCGCCGUGUACACAGUGAUGUAUGUGACGCUGGUGUUCAAGACCAAAGGCACGCGGCUGACCAAGCCCACCAUCAGCCUCACGCUGCUCUGCCUCGCCAUGCUGGUGGGCGUGGUCAGGGUGGCUGAGUACCGCAACCACUGGGGGGACGUCCUGGCGGGAUUCUUCACCGGGGGAGCCAUCGCUGUGUUUCUGGUGACUUGUGUGAUUAACAACUUCCAGCGGAUGCUGCCGAGUCCUCCUCCGCUGCGAGCCCAGCGCCCCGAGUCCGUGCUGGGCAUGCCGAUGGUGACGCUGCCCUGUGUGGAGAGUCCACUCGAAAAACUCCGCGUGGAUCUCCGUUCACCGAGAUCACAUGACCAUCAGCCCUAUCGGUUCCCCGCCACCCCCGAUGUCCUCAUACCGUCUCGCUCCAUUUCCAGCGAAGUCUAGACCAGUCGGAGCAGCACUCGCCGCACUGCGCCGCCCAUCCG